AAGAGGUCUCGAGAACGCUUCUACAUUCCCAAUCCAAUCCGGAUAAGAACCUCUUCCCCUGCUCUCCACUCCUCCCAUCAUCCCAUGGCCUCCAUCACCACGGCCUCCCUCCUACCCUCCCCCUCUCUCUCCUCCAAACCUAAGCCUCGUCUCCUCUCCUCCCUAGCCGCCUCCUCUCUAGCCGCCUCCUCUUCCAACUCCUCCCCCACUCUCAACCUCUCCCGCAUUGCUGCCGGAGCUGGAUCCCAGACCUUGCUGAAGAAGCACGGCGGACUCUUCGUCGUGCGUGCGGCGCGCGGCAAGUUCGAGCGGAAGAAGCCCCACGUGAACAUCGGCACCAUCGGCCAUGUCGACCAUGGCAAGACGACACUGACCGCCGCGCUGACCAUGGCCCUUUCCUCCAUGGGCAACAGCGCCCCUAAGAGAUACGAUGAGAUUGAUGCAGCCCCGGAGGAACGCGCUCGCGGUAUCACCAUUAACACUGCCACCGUUGAGUAUGAGACUGAGUCUCGCCACUACGCCCAUGUUGAUUGCCCUGGCCAUGCUGACUACGUGAAGAAUAUGAUCACUGGUGCUGCUCAGAUGGAUGGUGCUAUCCUUGUUGUUUCCGGCGCUGAUGGUCCUAUGCCUCAGACGAAGGAACACAUCCUUCUCGCCAAGCAGGUCGGGGUUCCUAACAUGGUUGUGUUUCUCAAUAAGCAGGACCAGGUUGAUGAUGAGGAGCUGCUCCAGCUUGUGGAUCUUGAGGUUCGUGAGCUUCUCUCCUCCUAUGAGUUCCCCGGUGAUGACAUCCCCAUCAUCUCCGGUUCUGCUUUGCUCGCUCUUGAGGCUCUGAUGGCCAAUCCCAGCAUCAAACGCGGUGAGGACCCUUGGGUGGACAAAAUUUAUGAGCUCAUGGACGCUGUGGAUUCCUACAUUCCCAUCCCGCAGCGCCAGACUGAUCUCCCUUUCCUGCUCGCUGUGGAAGAUGUUUUCUCCAUCACAGGGCGUGGUACUGUCGCCACUGGACGUGUUGAGCGUGGCACGGUCAAAGUUGGUGAGACUUUGGAAAUUGUCGGCCUUCGCGAGACCAGAAGCACCAUUGUCACUGGUGUCGAGAUGUUUCAGAAGAUUCUGGAUGAAGCCAUUGCUGGUGACAAUGUAGGCCUUCUUCUCAGAGGCAUGCAGAAGGCUGACAUUCAGCGUGGGAUGGUCCUUGCUAAACCGGGGACAAUCACUCCUCACACAAAGUUUACUGCUGUUGUGUAUGUUCUCAAGAAGGAGGAAGGCGGCCGGCAUUCGCCUUUCUUUGCUGGCUACAGACCUCAGUUUUAUAUGCGAACUACUGAUGUCACCGGGAAGGUUACUUCCAUCAUGAAUGAUAAGGAUGAGGAGUCGAAGAUGGUGAUGCCCGGUGACCGUGUUAAGAUGGUUGUUGAGCUCAUUGUGCCGAUUGCUUGUGAACAGGGAAUGCGUUUUGCCAUCAGAGAGGGUGGCAAGACUGUUGGAGCUGGUGUCAUCCAAUCCAUCAUUGAAUAAUGAAUGAAUUUGCAGCCCUUAGUUCGUGCCUUUGAUUUUGAUUGUUCAUGGGGAAGCUCAUAGAUUGUCCGCCAAAGAUUUGUCGGUUGCAUUUCACUGUCAGAAAGACUACUGAACUGGCAUUGUGAUAUAAAUUUUUUUCCAGUUUUGUUUCCUUUCCCCUCUUGUAGUGAUUCCCUUUUUGUGUUCGGGUAGUUGUUUCUUCAGUGUAAUCUGAAAAAAGGCCAUUUUAGUCUUGAUAGUAUUUCUGUAUGGAUGGAAACUAGCUUUUUCUGAUUCCGGAUUUGUUGAACACUGACUUAAUGCUUCUUAGAGUGCAGGCAUAUUGCCGUUGAUGUUUC